AUGGCGAGUCCCUGCCUGGAGCUGAGCAACAAGAUGAAGAUGCCUGCCCUGGGGCUGGGCACUUGGCAGGCUCCUCCAGGAAAGGUGGAAGAGGUGAUCAAGUUUGCUAUUGAUGCAGGCUACCGCCUCUUCGACUGUGCCUAUUUCUACCAGAAUGAAAAUGAAAUAGGGAAUGCAGUCCAGCAGAAGAUCAAGGAGGGGGCUGUGAAACGGGAAGACCUCUUCAUUGUCACUAAGUUGUGGAACACGUUUCACGAGAGGUCCCUGGUUAAGGUAGCAUGCAAGAAGAGCCUUGCUGCACUGCAACUGGACUACCUUGACCUCUACCUGAUACAUUUCCCUAUGGGAUUCAAGGCUGGUGAAGAACUGCAUCCUGUGGAUGACAAAGGUAUGGUCAUCCCCAGUGAUACUGAUUUUCUGGAUACGUGGGAGGCCAUGGAAGAGCUGGUGGAUGCUGGUCUGGUAAAAGCAAUUGGUGUCUCCAACUUUAACCAUGAGCAGAUUGAAAGAAUCUUGAACAAGCCAGGACUGAAAUACAAGCCGGUAAAUAACCAGAUCGAAUGUCAUCCAUACCUAACCCAGGAAAAGUUGAUCAAGUACUGUAAAUCCAAAGGGAUUGCUGUGACUGCAUACAGCCCCCUUGGUUCUCCUAACCGCCCAUGGGCCAAGCCAGGGGAACCUAUGCUGCUGGAUGAUCCCAGGAUUAAAGAGAUUGCGGUUAGACAUCAUAAAACCCCUGCCCAGGUUCUGAUCCGGUUUCUUAUCCAAAGAGACGUGAUUGUCAUUCCCAAAUCUGACAAACCACAGCGUGUUGAGGAAAAUAUCAAGGUGUUUGACUUUGAACUGUCUAAAAAGGAGAUGGAUGUCAUCCUCAGCUUUAACAGGAACUGGAGAGCAGUUCCAGUGCUCCAAGCUGUCCAUCACAAGGACUACCCCUUCAAAGCAGAAUAUUAA